CGUAGUUGCGGACGUCAUCAGUAUACUAUAUCGACAUUGUAUAUAUAGACCGCGUAGAAUGUCUUGUUGAGGUUUAGAACGGUUUCAUUUCAUUACCGCCGAAAUAAUUUCUUCAAUAUGGUACGGACAGGUGCUACGUGUUGUGUUGUGCUGCUUUGCUUUUUUGUUGGAAUUGUAUAUGGUUUCGCGAUAAAUUCCGAGCAGAAGUUGGAGGAAAACUUCAUUGCUCCACACUACACACAUUAUGAGGAGCUGAAACAGUUGUACAGUUCCUUGACCGAGAAGUACCCUAAUUUGGCGAAAGUGUUCUCCAUAGGAAAGUCUGUAGAAGGCAGGGAUUUGUUAGUUCUUGAAAUUUCUGAAAAUGUCAGGGAACGAAAGCUUGGUGAGCCAAUGGUGAAGUAUGUAGCUAAUAUGCAUGGCGAUGAAGCUGUGGGCAGAGAAUUGUUGGUUUAUCUUGCUCAAUAUCUCCUGCACAAUUAUGAAAAAGAUGAUAGAGUUACAAAGCUAGUGAAUAACACUGAUAUCUUUCUUAUGCCAUCCAUGAAUCCUGAUGGGUUUGAAAAGUCAGAGGAAGGAAAAUGUGAAUCAAAGAAAGAUUUCUUGGGACGUGAAAAUGCAAACCAUGUUGACUUAAAUAGAGACUUCCCAGAUCAAUUUGAUAGGAGAAUUAGCCAACUACAGAAAGGUGAUAGUAUUUUAGACGGACGUCAAAAUGAAACAAUAGCUGUGAUGACAUGGAUUGCUACAGAGCCAUUUGUAUUGUCUGGAAAUCUUCAUGGAGGUGCUGUUGUAGCCAGUUAUCCAUAUGACUCUGGAAUUUCAAGAACUUGCUGUAUUGAAAGUAAAAGUCCAGAUGAUGAACUGUUCAAAUAUUUAGCUCAUGUAUAUGCAGAUAAUCAUCCACAAAUGCAUGCAGGCAAUGCAUGUCCUCCAGAAAUUUUCCGAGGUGGUGUUACCAAUGGAGCCUAUUGGUACGAAGUUAUCGGUGGAAUGCAAGAUUUCAAUUACGCUCGCUCUAAUGCAUUUGAGAUAACAUUCGAACUUAGUUGUUGUAAAUAUCCGAAUUCCUCAACAAUGCCAGAACAUUGGAUGUUAAAUAAGGAGUCUCUUAUAAAGUAUCUCGAGCAAGCACAUAUUGGAGUAAAAGGUCUUGUACGAGACACAGAUGGUCAGCCAGUAGAAGCGGCUAGUAUCAUUGUGGAUGGAAUAGAUCAUAAUAUUUCAACCACACAUCGUGGAGAAUAUUGGCGUUUGUUGCUGCCUGGUACUUAUCUGAUUCAUGCAGACGCAUGGGGGUAUCAACCAAGUGAGCCAGUAAAUGUUACAGUGGAACCAGGUAAACCAACCAUUGUCAACUUCACUUUAAAACAGGAUUCCUGCGAUGACCAAGCACCAAUACGAUAAUAUAGCCACAACACAUCAUUUGAUACCUUCUGACAUAACCACACA